CCCGAAUCGGCGGCAAAUCAUUUCAGAUUGAACGGUCGACGACGAAGCGAGACGAUGAUGAUGCGUGCAGUGCAGCGGGUGCUUCGGCCAGCGUCGGCGCGUGGUCUUAGCACGACGGCGGAAGAGAAGAUGGCGACGUCCUUGCGCCAGGCGCUGAGCGCGACGCACGUCAAGGUCGACGACAUCUCGGGCGGCUGUGGCUCCAUGUACAAGAUCGAGGUCGCGUCGCCGACGUUCGAGGGCAAGAACCGCGUCGCGCAGCACCGCCUCGUGAACGAAGUGCUUAAGGAAGAGAUCGGUGGCAUGCACGGCCUGACGCUCAAGACGUACACGCCGGCCCAGUUUGAGCAGCUCCCCAAGUAGAGUUACAUGUCUAGAGCCGCUUGUCGUGAAGCAACAUAUAACAUCUGCGUGUUGAUAUGGUCGUCUUAACUAGGUCUACGACGACGCCCACUUGGC